AUGGAAACUUGGUCCGAAGACAAAACCAUAAGGCAUUCCUCGGACCUGGACUGCAAUUUCGCCGAUCCGAAAAAAUGUAGAUGGAAGAAUGUUGAGGACAAAUGGGGACUGGACUCAUUAGAUUUCUACUUAUUUGAGAAGGUCGACUUCACAGAGUUUCCUGCUUUGAGAGUGGGACCUGGCCCUACCAGGGUUCAUCAAGGAGAGAAAAUGAUUUUUACUGGCGAUAAGAAAAGAGAAGAGCAGCACGCAAUCUAUCUCUCAUCACUCAUUGGAUGUCAAAAUACAACAGGAAAUCUUACAUUCACUCGGUUAAUUGUAAGAACAGUGAAAAUGAACACAGAAUGCCAUGCGGAUAUACCACCUCGAGAAACUCCGUUCAGGAUCGGGAUUCGUGCCUAUGAAAUGGCUAACCAAGAGGGUUCAUUUGUGAUGUUGGACAACAUCCUGUAUACGGCAUCACUUUGCAGAGUUGCAAUCGAUAUGGGCGAUGGAUUUAGCGCAAUUCCGCUGCGAUCAGCAGCCACCGGAAAGCCGAUAAGAUCAGCCGCCGAUCUCGAUUGCAAAAACUUCGAUGCUUGUCGCUGGAGAGCGGGCGGAGAGGCUGCUAAGCCAUGGCAAAUUUCCUCAAGUCCACUUCCGCGAGAGCUUAUCUUCAAUAUCACUGGAAAUUACGUUGGGCCGGAAGGAACUUACAGUGUGCUUUACAUAGAACAAGACACUAAGGUUUGCUCUCACCUUACUUUUCAGUAAUU